CUGUACUAUGCUACGGCACUGGUCUUGUAAAACUGCACAGCCUACAUCGAAUGACUCGAGGGACAGGUGGCCUAAUCCUUUAGUACAGCAUUCUUCGCCUUCUUCGCCAGUGCAACAUCUGCCACCGAUUUGCUCUCACAGACAAGCCGAGUCGCUUGAAAACACCCUGCAGCAAUGUACAUUGAAUUCACCCCUCGGAAAGCACUUGUCCUUUUGGCGCUUCUUCUAUUUACAGUCAUGUUGGUGUGUAAGAAUUCGCGUCGAGGUAUCAAGACAGGUCGCCCGACUCUUUGCAGCGGGCUCUUUGUCCUCCUCUUCAUAUGUCCUAGGGUAAUCUCGAGUGCUGCCGACCCUGGUGCCGGGUUCAACCUAGCGCUCGACUACGGCACCGCAAGCGUCUGGUAUGCCAACGGGACAGCUGUCGACAUUGUCAAGAUCGAGGGAGGGCCAGCCUACAAACAUUUUAUGCACUCGGUGACCGCGGAGUGCAGGUUGGACGUGCCAGAAAACGACUGGGGCCAGCAGAAGCUGGGUGUCAUGUCCUUCCAGGACUAUCUGCCAACAUGGGCUACUGCAAAACCUGUAGACCCCAAUGCCGAUGCAAUAACAUGGAUGAUCAAAGGUCUGAAGGCCGCUACAGAAGCAUAUGUGGAAGAACCCAUGACCGCGGUCCGCAUUAGCAUCCCGUUUACAAUCUCCCGUGGAAGCUCCUUCGAUAGCACUAUGAGAACGGCUGUCGAGUCUCUUGGCUUGGAUUACAUGGGCGCUAGGGUGGGUUCAACAGCCAUAACAUCAAUUUAUGAUCUCGAAGGAGAAUGCGACCUCAACAUAUAUCCGACACCAGACCAUAAGACGACUGUAGAUGAUCCAGAGCGCAUCUACCUUGCUAUUGACUAUAGCCGUGCGGGUAUAUCAGCCUUCCUGGUGUCUGAAGAAUGCAGUGUCACCGAGAUAUUAUGAAAGUUCUACAACACGAGUCUGGGCGCAGAUGCUAAUUUCGCUGGUAUGCGCAAUCAAUUGAGUCGCUCCCUGGAAGAUCUUACCCGCCGACCUUUCGACGACCUUGGCUACACGUAUCCCUCCGAACUAUCCGAGCUGCUUUUGCUCGACAAUCUUGGCUCCACAUAUCCCUCCGAAAUCUCCGAAUUGGUCUUGCUCGGCGAAUCUGCCGACAAUGCGAUGCUCCACGAAAUACUUGAGGAAGUCCUUAGGAGGGAUUACACCGCCCUCAAAGCCGCAAGUGAC